AGAACGAUGCAACUGACCAGCCGAAAAAUUUAGAGGACCAAGGCGAUGAUCCUGGGUGAGCCCCUCGUGCAGAUCUCGAGGAUGAUCGAUUCUUUGGAACCCCCUCAAACUCUGUACGAAGGAAUUACCCCUCUCCUCGCCCGGUACAGCAACAAGAAGCACUACUGUGAUAUUACGGAUCUACCAAAGUCCCUACUAACAUCGGCUAAAGAAGUGAGAUUGUUACGCUUGGGGGCGGAAGCAAGCUAUCUGGAACCCCCUGGGCGUUUCGAAGCAGAAACAAACGGAUUGGGGAUAAAGAUUGCAACAAAAGAAGUGCCAUGGCAGGAUGUUUGCGACGAGAUUACCCCGGAAGGACACGUGGCCAUCCAGGAUGAAGAUGCCCAGAUGAUGGCCACGGUGUUCUCCUGGCGAUCGGACCAUUCAUUCAUCUCGGUGCCUCCACCCGACUUGACAAAACGGGCGAACACGAAACAGAUUGACGUUCGGAUAUGGGACCAACUUUUUGAACUGCACGUUCCACAAUAUGUGCCGGAUGAAAUCCACCAGGUGGAGGGAGCCGCCGAGCGCAUCCCGCCGUCGCAGCAGCAGUAUUUGGAUCCCCGGACGGUUCGCGAACGUGCCUUCUUCGGGCAUCCAACGGCAGAGCAACUUGCCGCCAUUCGAGAGGAGGAAGAGGAGGAAGAAAGCACUGAGAGGGACGAAGGAGAAGACGAACGGGAAGGAGGUGGGGAAAGCAACGAAGUACUUGGGGAAGAGGACGAAACCCCCGAAGAAGGAAGUUAUAGCGAGCAUAGCGAGGGGGAGCAGAGCGAAGAGGAAGAAGAAGACGACGAAGGAGAAGAGGAGAACGAAGAAGAAUCUGCUGGAUCAGAGUGGGAAGCCGUGCCAGAAGAAGCGCUGCGCACAAGUACAGAGGAAGAGGAUCCCGAGGCGACCCGUAAAAGAGAAGAGAUCGCGACCGGGAAGAAGGAGUUAGAGCUCGCAAGCGCGGCGAGUCUGCAGAUCUGCGACGACCCGAACUGAGAUCCGGAGCCGCCCCGACCCGAG